AUCUCUUUUUGGUCCUUCGAGCCGGAUUAUACAGUGAUUAUUUAUUAUUUUAAAACAAACGGCAUCGGAGUACAGCGGCAUCACGCCCGCAACGCCUGCCGCGCAAUAGCGCACUUCCAGCAUUUAAACAAGACUUCAACAUGUCUACAGACACCCUAGAAAGGUUAAUUAACCGUAGAACCAAUUAUAAAGGACGUCUUAAACGGAUUUAUAACUUUGUAGAUGAACAGAAAAACCACGUGAAAAUAUACGAGCUAAAGACAAGACAGACAGAAAUGGCUGAACUUUAUGAAAAAUAUAAUACGACUCAAGAAGAUAUUGAAAUGAUUGAACAAUCAACGAAAUCCCACGAACAAGAGCGAGCUUCCACUGAAGAAAAGUAUUUCUCGUAUGCAGCAAAGAUCGCAGAAAUCUUGAAAGAACACGAACUCAACCGCUCUGCAUCUUCGUGUCAAUCGGUUCUACAACCCAGCUUAAAAUCACCAGUUAUUAAAAUUCCAAAUUUACAAAUUCCAAGCUUCGAUGGAAACCUGUCGGAGUGGUCCAAUUUCAAAUCGCUAUUCGAUGGAGUAAUCGACUCACAUGAGCAACUGACACACCUCCAGAAGUUCCAAUACCUGAAGUCAUUACUACGCGGGGAAGCUGCAGGUCUCAUCGACUCCUUAACAGUUACAGAAGAAAAUUAUCAACAUGCAUUAAGUAUACUUACUAAGAGGAUUCAACAUACAUGUUCAAAGAACAGCUGCUCUAUCUGUUCUAAAAAGCAUCAUACAGCUAUUCAUAUUGACAAUUACUCUUUGGCUAAAAUGUCUGGUAAUACUGCUGCAAGUGUAGGCAAUACACAAGACAAAUUAAUUACAGAAAAGAUACCUGAGUCCCAAUCAAAGCAGACACACAAGAGGAAAUCAAAAGGUUCUUUCUGCCUCAUCAUGCAGUUUUAAAACCAAGUAGUGUUUCAACCAAGUUACGUGUAGUUUUUAAUGGAAGCAGUCAGUCAUCUACAUCUAUCUCUCUCAAUGACGUCUUACAUGAGGGUCCUAACAUUUACACAGAUUUAAUAGACAUUAUAUUAAGAUAUAGAACCUAUAAAUAUGUACUAUCAUGUGAUUUAAUUAAAAUGUUCAGAAAUAUAAACAUAGAUCCCUUACAUCGUAACCUACAAUGUAUACUAUGGAGAGCAUCGCCUAACGAUGAUCUUAAAGUUAUUAGACUGAAUACAGUCACAUAUGGGACUAGAUGUGCUCCUUAUCUAGCAUUUAGGACAUUACUAGAGCUUGCCCAUCAGGAUGGUCACAUUUAUCCAUUAGCAGCACAAUGCAUUUUAUAUCAAACAUUUAUGGAUGAUGUCCAUUGUGGAACAAACUCACUCUCUGAAGCUAGAGAACUUUGCAAUCAAUUAAUUUCCCUAUUUAAAAGAGGUGGUUUUCAACUACAUAAAUGGUCAUCUAACAAUCCUCAGAUAUUACAAGAUGUUGAAAGCAACAAAGGUCAGCAUUCACCAACCAGUCUUAUUAUUGGUGAUGAAACUAGUACAUUAGGUCUCAAGUAUGAACCCGCAACAGAUACAUUUAAAGUUAACAUUCCCUCUCAGCAAUGUAACUUACAUUUUACUAAAAGAAUUGUACUCUCAAUUAUUGCCAAGAUAUAUGACCCACUCGGUUACCUAUCACCCGUUACUAUCACUGCAAAACUUUUCAUGCAACAGCUAUGGAAAGAAUCCAAUAUCAUACAAUGGGAUACACCCUUACCCAAACAUUUACUUCAACAAUGGCUGUCCUUCUAUGAUAAUAUUCAGAUAUUAAAAGAUAUUACUAUUCCUAGAUAUUGUUUCUCAGAUAUACCAAAUGAAAUUUACUUAGUAGGAUAUUGUGAUGCCUCACUAGUUGCUUAUGGCUCAUGUAUCUACAUUGUAGCACAUUAUCCUAAUCAAAAGCCAACUUCUAAUUUAGUUAUUAGCAAAAGCAAAGUUGCCCCUGUACGCACAGUCAGCUUACCAAAAUUAGAACUUUCUAGCGCUACACUACUCUCAAAAUUAAUGAAAAAGGUCAAACUUGCCUUAGAGGUAGCUAUUAAAAUACAUUCUGUAUACUAUUACACAGAUUCAAGUAUAGUUUUAAAUUGGAUAAACUCACCCUACAAAAAAUGGGAAGUUUAUGUAUCAAAUAGAAUCUCGCAAAUAUUACAAAACUCAGAUUCUAAUUUGUGGCAUCAUACUAGAACUUAUGACAAUGCUGCAGACUUACUUACUCAUGGCGUACACGCUAAAGAUUUUAAUAAUUUAUCACUAUGGUGGCACGGUCCGACAUACUUGCUCUCACCACCUAGUGACUGGCCAUGCGGUAGUGCUCAGACAAAAACCGAAGUAGAAACCUAUCUCAUUAAAGUAGUAAGCCCUAAUAAAAAUCAAACUGUCUCAGAAUAUUAUAAUGAUGAUGACUUAGAAUACUUUAUGAACAUAUUUGAAAGAUUUUCAAGUUUUCAAAGAUUAUUAAACACAAUUGCUCAGUGUCACAGAUUUUGUCAUAAUCUCAAACACAAUCAUAGAAUCACAGGUCCUCUCACACCUGAAGAAUUAAAAGUUAGUCAUAACUUCAUAAUCAAGAUUGUACAAGCAUCUCACUUUAAAAGAGAAAUAUUAGAACUAAAGUCAGGUAAAACUAAUUAUACCUUUUCAAAUAGUCCACUCAAAAGACUAUCCCCAUUUAUAGACAGUCAAGACUCUCUAUUAAGAGUAGGUGGUAGAAUUAAACAUGCAAACAUUCAAUAUAAUCAGAAAUAUCCUAUAAUAUUACCCAAGUGCCAUGUCACAUCUCUCAUCAUACAAAGGUAUCACAUACAACUCUUUCACUCAGGCAUUCAGAACACAGUCUCAAACUUAAGACUUACAUAUUGGCCUAUCCAUGCUAGAGUUGAAGUUAAGAAAAUUGUCUACAAGUGCACAGUAUGUACCAGAUAUCGUGGUCAAACCUGUAGGCAAAUGAUGGCUAACCUACCAUCUCAUAGAGUCAAUUUAGAAAGACCAUUCUUACACAUAGCAAUAGACUAUGGAGGUCCAAUAUACAUUAAAAGUUCAAAUCUACGCAAUGCUAAAUUUAUAAAGAGCUACAUAUUAAUACUAGUCUGUCUAUCAACUAGAUGCAUACAUAUUGAAUUAUCAACUGAUCUUACAACACCAUCAUUUAUCUCAUGCCUAAAAAGAUUUGUUGCUCGUAGAGGUAUCUGCAGCAGCAUUUUAUCCGACAAUGCUUUAUAUUUCAAAGGUGCAGAUCAUGAACUACAUGACCUGUAUAAUAUGUUCAAAAAUGAGACAUCUUACAGUCAGAUUAUGGAUUAUACUAACAAUCUAAAUAUAAAGUGGAAUUUCACCACACCUCUCGCUAGUCAUAUGGGAGGAAUCUAUGAGUCUUGCAUUAAACAAACUAAAUAUUUACUCAAAAGAAAAUUAGGUAAUUGUAGGAUGACCUAUGAACAAUUGUCUACCAUACUUUGUCAAAUCGAAGCAAUAUUAAAUUCAAGACCAUUAUUUGCAACUACUGAUAAUAUAGAUUCAAUUAAUUAUAUAAGUCCAAGUCAUUUUCUUAUUGGCACAACAAUGUUAGAUAUACCAGAGCCCAGUCUAGCUAAAAUUUCAGACAAUAGACUUAAUAUUUGGCAAAAGAUUACAUCAAUUAAACAGCAAUUCUGGAAAGAAUUUUACAAAACAUAUUUGUCUGAACUUCAAACUAGACAAAAGUGGUUUACAGACUCUCCUAAUUUACAAGUAGGAAAUAUAGUUCUUAUUAAAGAUGAAAACACUCCGCCAAUGUGUUGGCCCAUGGGGAGAAUUAUCGAGAUUUAUAGUUCAAAAGAUGACCACCUAACCCGGUCAGUCUUGGUCAAAACUGCUAAGGGACAGUACAAGCGCCCUAUACAUAAACUUGUCUUAUUACCAUCUCAGUAAUUCUGCUUAUAUUUUCUUUUUUUUUAAACAAAUGUUAAAAUCUAACUCUAAAUUUUACUUUAACUAUGUAAUUUAGCUCCUAGAUGUAAUAUCCUAUACCCUAGACUUAUACUUAAGAUAGAUCUAAGAUUGUAAUAGAAAUAAUACUA